UACCUAACCUAACAUUCAUGACUAGUCUUUAAACGUCAAAAAAUGUUUUUCAGAGGCCCCCUUAGCCCCAUUAGUUAAGAAAUGAGUAUUGCGAAUAAUCAAUUGUGGUAUAAUUUUCACUUAAAAUUAGGAGAAAAAUGAGUACUAUCGUUUCCGGACCCAACAACAUGAACAAAUGUCCUUCGAAAAAGGUGGACGCAGAAGAGCACCAAGAAUGUACUAAAAAUGGCCUGGUGAACGGUUUGGGACAUAUUAAAGACGACAUCGAGGCAGACGUCACGGUGAAUAUGCAUAAAGAAAUUAUUACAAAUUUACUGGAUGCUGAGGGAGCAACCCGAAAGAGCAGCAGGAAGGCCCGGAAGAAAAAGCACAAAGUUCAAUUAGAUUCCAAUGAAAACCUUAAUGAGUCCAAGGUGGAUGAAAAUGAAACUAACAAAGGGCCAGUUCAAAUCCCCAUAGUAAAAACAGAACCAGUUGUUAAUAAAUUAGAUAAUAAAUUAUGUACCGAUUUAAGUGACACAUCACCUUCAUGUAGUAACAGUGUAAAUGCUGCUUCUAGUGACUUAGAAAAGCUAGUGCUCAACGAUAAUACUUUGAGUGAGCCUUCGGCUGAAAUAUCAUACACUAAGACUGAAAGUGCGGAAAACGAUGAGUUGAGAAAAAAGGUUGAAUUUGUACCAUAUGAAUCUGAACUACAGAUGCCAAUGAUUAUGAAAAUUAUACAAAAGGACUUAUCUGAACCUUAUUCUAUUUACACUUAUAGAUAUUUUAUACAUAAUUGGCCCAAACUUUGCUUUUUGGCAAUGUGUGAGGGCCAAUGUGUAGGUGCAAUUGUAUGUAAGUUAGAUCUCCACCGUAAAGUGAUACGGAGAGGAUAUAUAGCAAUGUUAGCUGUUGACCAAAAGUACAGAAAUAUGAACAUCGGAUCUACUUUAGUUCAAAUGGCUAUUCAUGAAAUGACCAAUGGAGAUGCAGAUGAGGUUGUCUUAGAAACAGAAGUGACUAAUAAACCAGCCCUAAAGCUCUAUGAGAAACUAGGUUUUGUCAGGGACAAGCGUCUGUUCCGUUAUUAUUUAAACGGAGUGGACGCCCUACGACUUAAAUUAUGGUUAAGGUAGGGGUAUGGAAAACUAAACGGCUUAUUCAGGAAACACCUAAAACGAUCGUAUUGUUUGGGUAUUUACAUCUUGUGCUUUGGCGUAUUUAUUCUGAUAAUACUGUUGUGUCAGUUCAGAAAUUUAGUCAAUUGGUAAGAGUUGUGAAAAAAGCAUUUAUAUGAUUUGAAAUAUCCAAUAUAAUAUUUUCUUGGAGUUUUAGAAACUCUCUCAUUAUGAAAAGUGUAAUAAUGUGAAAAAAUCAAAAGUGUUUAUUACACUAUUGUGUUAUGGGAUUAGAUAUUGUAUUUAAUUUAGGGGUGUCAUAAGAUGACAAAAAUUGGUUUAAUUUAUUAUAUUAAGGGUGUUAAUUUGUGUGAAUUUUUAGUUCGAUGCCAACAAAUCUGAAAAAAAUCUAAAUUUAACACACUUAU